GUUGUCAGCUCCGUGAUGUUAGACUGCUCAUUGUGGAUUUUUCUGAUCCUGAGGAGCAAGCGAAAAAAGGCAUUUGAAUACAAAACUUCUGUAAGUGACAUGGAUAAGAAAAGGAAGAUGCAUGGUAAAAGCCACAUGCCAGCUCUUGAGAAGACCUCAAAGAAAAAAUUGAAAAGAAGUAAACUGGAUUUGGAUGUAGAAGACAUUGCUUUAAUACCCAUCCAGGAAUACAAAACCAAGUCCCAUCCUCGCAGUAAAUUACUUCCAUGUGACGAACCGGAUGUCUCAAGGAUAUUGAAGAUAACUGAGACUGGGCAAGUUGAGGAGCCUGAUGAUUCAUUUGAUCACCCUUUACACAGCACUGCUGUAGACGCUGGUGGGAAUGUGGAAUUGCAGGAAGAGGAACACGACAUGUCAGCUAGUCAUUCAUCUGAUUCAUCUCCACAAGGGAAAAAUGCAGAAACAAGAAAAAAUCACUGUAGCUUGAAAAUUCCUGAAGAUAACAAAUCAGAGACAGAGGAUUCUGAAGAUGAAUCCCUGAAGGAGAAUAAGAUACAGAACAAGAUAUUAGGAAACGCCAGGUCCAGUGUGGAGGAAUCGAAGUUACCAUCUGCAUUAUCACUGAGGAAUAGCUCUUCAGAAAGCAGCAUAUCAAAUAAGGUUACAGAUUUAGUGAAGAAGUUGAAUGCACAAAAGAAGCCCAAGAACGGUGCUAAAUCCCAUGUGAAACCAAAGAAGUUUUUGCAAAAGCGUGCAUUAGAUCCUUCUGCUGAUAAUAGCCCAUGUUCUAUACAGAUUUGGUGCCCAAAAGGGCUGAAAAGAUUUUCCCAAGAUAUUACAGAAUUGGAUGUUGUUCUGGCUGAGUUUGAGAAGACAACUGCAGACUACAAACAAAGGGUGGAGUCUAGGAUUUGCAAGGAAGCUAUUGAGGGCUUCUAUUCUGGCUUCAAGGACCAACUCACUAAUACUGUAAGUAUAGCAGUAAAUAUAAAAACAUUGGUUCAGGAACUGAAGGAUUUGAAAAGAAAAAAUGCUAAGGUGAUCACAGACAUCAAUAAAAAAAGAAGGCGUUUGCUGGAAGUUAGAGGAGAACUAAUUCGGACUGGACCACAACUGAAGCAACUGCAAAAAGAACAUGCUGAGCUACAAGAGAGAGAAUCUUCUGUCAGGAAUGCAACCCAGUUCCUAACUGAUUUAAAGGAGGUGCAGCAACAGUAUUUAAAUUACAGAGAAGACAACCCACAAGAAAAAGUAGUCUACGGAACUUCCAGUAUUCCUGCUCUUCUGGUGGAAUCGCAACGAAUAUUAAGAGCUGAAAGUCACUUUCAAAAUAUCAGCACAAGAUUACAAGAGGUUCUGAAUUUGCAGAAGGAGCUGCUAGAGAAAUUUUAAAUACUUUAUGCCUUCUACUUGCAACUAAGCAUAGUUAGCAUCAGUUAAGUGUAUUCAUAUACCUAAACAAGAAGCAAGCUAAAUAUACAUGGUUGUGACAUUCCUACUCAUGUAGAUUUUAGUAGUUUGUGUUUGCACUCUAACUUUUGAUAUAACAGAAGCAGCAAUUAUUUAAAUACUCCCAUAAGCAUUUAAUAAAAUAAAGCAAUGUGUUUAAAUUGCUUCUGACUUCAAAUCUUUCACCUCUAUAAUAAUUAGUGUGAGCCUCUUGUCAGAAAAGUUGAUAUGUUUCUAAAGAUUUACUAACAAUUGUGAAGGGAACGUGUGGUUUUUCACUUUGAUGUACACUAAGUUUGUGCGGGGCAGCCUGGAGUAGAGGUAGUAUGAUAAACCAUUAAUGAUCUCAAUGAAUCAGUGAUAAAUCUAGUGCUUUAAAAUUAAUAGGAUUUUAUUAUUGGAUUACCAGAGUAAUCAUUUGGAAAUACUAAUGUGACACGAGUAGACAUUUUCUUUAGUGGAAAUUACAACUGAUAUUUAGUGAAAAACCUGUUAUUGCUCAUCCUAAAGUAGCAUUAAGAUAAUUAGACACGUCUCAGGCUUGUAACAGGCAACUUACUAAAUUGUUCCACCAUUAUAUGCAUAAUGGAUGAAACAUUUCUAAAACUAGUAUGUGAAUUUUUAAAAACAGCUUAGUUAUAACAAGUCAUACAGAAGGUGGUGAGCAUAAUGAAAGGUAGACAAAUCCUCAAGUUUUUAUCUAAAGUAUGGAUUUACCUUUUGGCAGGCCCACAUAUAGGUAAGAAAUCCUACUUGCCCUUUGUAAAGUAACAAAGUACAGUACAGACUGUAGGCAACAUCCUCAACAUUUGGACAUCUGGGAAGAAACAUGUUUUAACCACAUUCCAUCCCCUGGUCACAGUUCCACAUGGUCAGACUGUUGUCUGCAAGUUCAGCAUCUUCAGUAGCUUCCAGAAAAUACACAUCGUCAGUCACAUUAUCCCAUUCUGUAUUUGAACAGAGCUUGGCAGGAGACUUAUUUUCUUGAUGUGUCCUUGAUGAUGUGCUUUCUGAGAAGUCUGUAAGGUUAGGUGACUUUGCUUUUUCUUUUUCUUCUAUGUUCCCACUCUCAUCCAUAAAAAGUACAUAUUCUUCCUUUAAAAAAACAAAAACAUAUUACAUGUUGAAAAGUAAGUGUUCAUUACUUCUCGGGCCUAGAUCUUAUUGUUGGCUUCAUAAUGGGAGCAGAGUUAGGCUAAGGCUGAGCACUUCUGAAUGUCACCUCUAAUGAACAGAGUGUAGGUCAGCUGACAAGGAAAGUUUAUCUGUUUUUGGAUUGUGGGCAUUUACCAUACAGCCAUAGCCUAAACUUAUAAAAGUCAGUUUUCAAUGGGACCAAAAUUUAGUCCUUAAAAGUAGUGCCUUGUAACUGGCAAGCUUUUGAAAAUCAUGCUGCAAGACCACUGCUGCGUUUGCUCUAGCUGCAUCUGUAGGCAGAUAACACCCUUUAUGGAUAUGUGCUGUUGCAAAAAGAAAAGAUGGAUUAUUGAAAGGGUGCAACCACUCUAAAGAAGUUACACACCCAAUUGUAAUAUUUUCCAAGGAGAACUAGGGGAAAAACACGCAUGCAACUUGUAUGGCCCUGCAGAUGUCACGAGCUGUAGCUAUGUGCUGACUGGGCCAAGAACCACUGCUUUAAAUAGUGAUGAUUCACUUACUAAGAAUUUUUUCCAAAAUAGUUGUAACUUACCAACAAUUGGUUCUAUUUCAGAUAGGACUUCAUAAACUAGCAGUACACCGAUCAAUAAAUCAUGAAAAGUUUGGUUGAAAGGUAAUGCCAGCUAUUGAAAAGCUGUUAUUUAUAAAGCUCAAGGUAGGGGUUGCUUGGCCAAUGUCUUCUCUACAAAGGUUGAAUAUUUACAUUAAACAUUUUUUUAUUGCUUUACUACACCACAUGAAAGGAUUUUCUAAAUGAUUAUCAACUUCACUCUUCAAAGUCAGUGACUAUCAUUUAAAUUCCAUUUUUAAAAGUGUGAAUCAGUUGUUUCAGCAUAUUAAAACCCCUAAUGCUAAGACAUUAGGAUUUACAAUUAACUAUAUAUUAACUAUCAUUUUGUGUGUUGCAAACACUGGUUGAAGUCUGACUUGGAUUUGCCUAAGCAUCAGAAAAAUGGAAAACGGAAUGUAUUCUUUGAAUCCUCCGUGAAGUUUAAAGGUGACACUCAUGCAUCGAUCAGUGUAGAUAUAGCCAGAGAGAU